AUGAGUAUGUUCGAUAAACAGGGGAUUCCGAAGUCCUUGUUGCAAUACGACACCAACCAGCUAGACUUUGACGAUGCUCUAGCGCCUCUGCUUAGCUUCUCCCUUGUACGGGUUGAGAUCGGAAAGCAGUCGUUUAACAUGCACCCUCUCGUGCAGGUAUCAAUGAGGACAGUUCUAAGCGCAGUAUUCCCGAGUGGCGACUAUAAAACAUGGGCCGACUGCGACGUACUCCUUCCUUAUGCGAGAGAGGCUAUAAGCCAUAGAGCUUCUCGAAUGUCAACGGAAAGAAAAGAGGAGGUCCUGGGGCUGGAGCACCUAGACACGCUCAUUAGCGUGAGCCAGCUUGGGUCGGUGUUGGAGGGGCAGGCCAAGUAUGAAGAGGCGGAAGCGAUGCACCGGCGAGCACUGGAAGGAUAUGAGAAGCUCGGGCGGGAGCACCCAGACACGCUCACCAGUGUCAGCCAGCUUGGAUCGGUGUUGUCAAUGCAGGGCAAGGAUGAAGAGGCAGAAGCGAUGUACCGGCGAGCGCUAGAAGGAUAUGAGAAAGUCCUCAGGCUAGAGCACUCAGACACGCUGACCAGUGUCAGCCAGCUUAGGUCAGCGUUGGAGAGGCAGGGCAAGUCUGAAGAGGCGGAAGCGAUGGACCGGCGAGCACAAGAAGGAAGAAAGAAGUCCCUUGGGCUGGAGCACCCAGACACUCUCACCGGCGUCAGCUAG